AUGUGGACGACUGGGAAGGACCUGGUGGUCCCCCAGGUGGUGGACACCUGCCUCUUGGUCCCCCAGGUGGUGGACAUCCUGUGGAGUGACCCCAUGUUGCAGGAGGGCUGCAAGGCCAACGCCGUCCGCGGAGCGGGCUGUUACUUUGGGCCUGAUGUGACAGAGCAGCUGCUGCAGAAAUACAACCUGCAGCUCCUGAUCCGGUCCCACGAGUGCAAACCUGAAGGCUAUGAAUUCUGCCACAACCGCAAGGUACUCACCAUCUUUUCUGCCUCCAACUACUAUGAAGUGGGCAGUAACAGAGCAGCCUAUGUCAAACUGGGGCCAGCGCUGACUCCACACAUCGUGCAGUACCAGGCCAACAAGGCGACCCACACGCUCACCAUGAGGCAAAGGGUCAGCAGGGUGGAGCAGUCCGCGCUGAGAGCGCUGCGGGAAAAGCUGUUUGCCCAUUCCUCGGAUCUCCUCCGCGAGUUUAAGAAGCACGACGCAGGCAAGACUGGUAUAAUCAGCGUGAGCGACUGGGCGGUGGCUGUGGAGACCGUGCUGCGCCUAGGGCUGCCGUGGCGGGUGCUGAGGCCGCAGCUGGUGAGCCGCAGCGUGGGCAGCACCCUGGAGUACUCGGCCUGGCUGGAGGACUUGGCCAAGGACUGGCCCAGCCGCGAGAACAUACAGUCGAGUUUGCUGGAGACACUGUACCGAAACAGAUCCAACCUGGAGACCAUUUUUAGGAUCAUAGACAGUGAUCAUUCAGGGUUCAUCUCCCUGGAUGAGCUCAGGCAGGCUUGGAAGCUGUUCAGCUCACACAUGGGCAUUGUCGGCACUGAUGAGUGCAUCUGCAGCCUGGCCCGCAGCAUCGACUUCAACAAGGACGGCCGCAUCGACAUCAACGAGUUCCUGGAGGCCUUCCGCCUGGUGGAGCAGUCCUGCUCGAGGGACACAGCCUGUGGGCACCCGGAGGACAGCAGCUGUGGUGGCCUCAGCACAGCCUGACAGCCCAGGCCCCCUCCGACCUCCAGGGCAGUGCCCAGCUGGCUGGAACUUGAACCUUCCAUCACCUUGCGCUUGGGUUUGGAGGCCGGAUGGUACAUGCGUGUGCGUGUGUGUGCGUGUGUGCGCAUGUGUGUGUCCAUGUGUGUGUGUGCACUUCUGUGUGCAGGUGCUUUUAGGUAUAUAGUGGCCCACCCCCGCCUCAGGCAUAAGUAUUUUUAAAUUCUGAAUUCUACUCCAGUGAAGAACCACUGAUAAUCCCAUCCCUCAUUGUGGUCAUUUUAUACCUUUUUUGGGGGCAGGGAUAAGGACUUAAAUUCCAUUGUUCUUUAACAUACAUUUUUCUUUAAAACUCUAAGAUGAACAUGUGUUUGUGCAAUAGGAAAUGAUUUAAUAGCUAAGUGACAAGACUGACAUUCGAUGGAGAACAAUAAAUAUACCUUUAUUAA